AUGUUCAAAAGGCAAUUUUCAACUAGUAUUCGCUAUUUACAACGCUAUGAUGAGUCGCUAUUGUCAAGGUACUAUCCUGAAAGUCUACUAAAAUCCAUAAAACUUGCUCAACAAACAAUACCACAAGAUACAAAGUUCAAAGUGUCUCGUAAUGUCGAAUUUGCACCUCCCUAUUUGGACGAUUUCACCAAGAUACAUCCUUUUUGGGAUUACAAACCAGGCAUGCCCCAUCUUCACGCUCAAGAAGAGGACAAUAACUUCACCACAUUUAGAUGGGAUCAAGUUCAACAGCCGCUGCCCGGAGAAGGUAAUAUUUUGCCUCCAGGAGUCAGCAUGCCCAACGAGAGCGGUAGAAAGUCAAAGAAUGCGGAUGUUGCCGCAGGGCUGCAAAAACAGACAGGCGUGGACCCUGAUUAUAUAACCAGGAAGUUAACUAUGAAGCCACUGGUGAUGAAAAGAGUAUCGAAUCAGACCGGUAAGGGUAAAAUUGCAUCAUUUUAUGCCUUGGUUGUCGUUGGUGAUAAGAAUGGUAUGGUGGGUUUGGGAGAGGGGAAGUCCCGUGAGGAAAUGUCCAAGGCCAUCUUCAAGGCUCAUUGGGACGCAGUGAGAAACCUGAAGGAGAUACCCAGAUAUGAAAACAGAACCAUUUACGGUGAUAUAGACUUUAGGUAUCACGGUGUGAAAUUACAUUUAAGAAGUGCCAAGCCCGGGUUUGGACUCCGUGUAAAUCAUGUAAUUUUUGAAAUCUGUGAAUGUGCAGGUAUCAAAGAUUUAAGUGGGAAGGUAUACAAAUCCAGGAAUGACAUGAAUAUAGCCAAGGGCACCAUUGAGGCUUUCAUGAAAGCACAAAAGACGCUGGAUGAAGUUGCGCUGGGCAGAGGAAAGAAGCUUGUUGAUGUCAGAAAUGUUUAUUAUUCAAGCUGA